GCCAUCGCUGGCCUCCUUGCGGUCGCCACCGCCCUCCCCACGCCGACCGACGACGGCUCUGCGGGCAAGUGCAACACAGGCCCCGUCCAGUGCUGCAACAGCGUCGGCUCGACGACCGACAGCUCGUUCACCAGCGGCCUCGGCGAAUUCCUCCAGCUCGCGCUGAAGGACAUCACCGCCGACGUCGGCAUCCAGUGCUCCCCCAUCACUGCCAUCGGUGGUUCCUUGACCAGCACUUGCGACGCCCACCCCGUCUGUUGCGAGAACAACUCCACGGGUGGCCUCAUCAACAUCGGCUGCAUCCCCAUCACUCUCUGA